AUGGCCAAUCUCUCUGCAGGGUCUGUAGGUUUCUCCACCGUCCCUGCAUUACAGAUGUUGAGCACCGCUGCCUUCCUCCUCAUAUACCUGGCUGCGUUUCUGGGGAAUGUCUCUAUCUUGAUAGCCGUGACGCUGAAUACCCGCCUGCACACCCCCGUGUACUUCUUUGUCAAACACCUCUCCCUGGCGGAUCUCUGUUCUAUGUCCACCACUCUGCCCCGGGCCCUGGUGGAUACCAUGGCAGACACUAGAGAGUUUUCUCUCCCGGCCUGUGUAUCCCGGCUUUUUGCUUUUGUCUGCUUUGGCUCUCUCAAAUGUUUUCUCAUCACCUCCGAGGCCUUUUCCACCUUCCACACGGUCAACGCUUUCUCCUUGCCCUUCUGUGGCCCCAAUGUGCUCGACCACUUCUUCUGUGAUAUUCCUCCACUCUUGCAUCUAGCCUGUGGUGACACCGAAGGCCACGCGGCUGUGGGUUUUGCAGUCGGUGGCUGCGUCAUCAUGACUUGCUUUGUCCUGUCUUACGUUCUCAUUGUAUUCACAGAGGUUCACAUCCGCUCUUCGGCUGGCUGCUGGAAAGCCUUCUCUACGUGUUCCUCCCAUCUGGCCACUGUGCUCCUGUUCUACGGCACCGGAAGUUCUGCCUACAUGCAGCCCACAGCCCACUAUUCCCCUCUUCAAGGGCGCAUGGCUGCCAUAUUCUAUUCUAUCUUCACGCCCACUCUGAAUCCACUUAUCUACAGCCUGAGGAACAAGGACGUGGAAGCAGCUCUGAAGAAGGUGCAUCCACAGGUGCCAUCUUGGAACCUGGCGUUUAGACAUGGGAAGGUCCAGAAACCCACCGGCAUUGAAUUUCCACUGUAG